AUUCGCUCCACCCGGCCCGUGGUUCCGGAAGCGAACAGCGGAACAUGCUUCGCUCUGGCAGUGGUCUGCUUUCGCUCCGGACCCCUGAAAGCGUAACAGCGGCAUACAGAGUGAAUGUCGUCGCUGGAAUUGUGGCGAUUUGAUCGCGAUUUGCUGGAAUUUUGAUCUGUGCCGACGACCUCCGUUUCUGGCCCGUGACGUGCACUUGUUUUUCAGUAUCCUUUUCAGAUCCGAUCUGCUGUUCGCAGCGGCUGUUCUCUCGAGACGAUUUUAGGGGGAGAAUUCUGGCCGAGAAAAUCAUGAGUAUGGCAUGCCGAAGGACAACGUUGCGGCGCGUCCUGGAGGUGGUGGAGCGCUGUCAUAGAAAAGCCACGGGAGCUCUCUCCGAUGCCGCUUCUACUGCGGUAGUUUCUCAAUCGAGAAAAAUCGCCUCGUCCACGAAUUCUCUUGCUUUGUCACGAUGGGGUUCUUCUAUUGUUCCAAGGGCAACAAUUCAAGUGCCUUUUUUGGAACUUCGGGGUGCAACGAAUGCUCUGUCUUUCUCCUCUGCUGCAACCCCUCAGGUCGAUGGAAAGGAUGGAAGCAGCCCAGGAACCUCAACGGAAACUACUGCCACUCCUGCUAGCACGGAGGACGAGCCUGUCCAAACACAAGGAGGUGCAGAGCGCAAAGGGGGUCACGAGGAAGUGGAGAAGGAGGAUAUGGUUGGUCUCUUAGCUGAAAAGCUCGCCCUUAUCGAACAAAAAGAAAAAGAAGUGAAAGAGCUAAAAGACAAACUCCUUUGGAGCUUGGCAGAGAUGGAAAACGUAAGGGACAGAGCGAGAAGAGACGCCGACAGUACGAGAAAGUUUGCUGUCCAGAGUUUUGCGAAAGGUCUGCUAGAUGUGGCAGAUAAUUUAUCACGAGCAGCCGCUGCCGUGCCAGAGAAGAUUGCAAAGUCAAAUGCUGCAGAUGAUCCCACUGGAACAGUCAAGUUACUGCAAUCAUUAUUACAAGGAGUGGAAAUGACUGAGAAACAGCUGCUCCAGGCCUUUAAGAAGCAGGGUCUGGAGAAAUUUGAUCCGUUAGGUGAAGCGUUUGAUCCAAGUAAACAUGCUGCCAUAUUCGAAGUAGAUGACGCAACAAAAACUCCUGGAACUGUGGCUAUGGUAUUGAAGGCUGGUUAUUCAUUGAAUGAAAGAGUCAUCCGCCCUGCUGAAGUUGCAGUGGUGAAGGAACCCUCAGCAUAAGCUCUUCUAGAAAAUUUUGUUAGUUCAUAGAAAUUUGUUAGGCGGGGAUCGGACAUGAGCUUCUCCGAUUCAGUUCUGUUCGAAAAUGUCAGGGCUGUCAAAAUUGGAGAGUUUCGGUGAAGAAGAAAAGUUAGUUACCCAUCCUUUGUGGGUUGUCAAGAUAUACCUACUAGAUUAUUAUACCUGUUUCAAUCAUUCAAGAUCCGAAAAGAUUUCUCAAAAGGUGAUAUUUCAGUUGUGGCGGGCAAGUACUGUAUACUGGAAGGUCGUGAUGUAACGUUCUGAACUUAGUUCUGUUGACAAAUUCGUCAUGAAUAAACAUCCGACAACCAUAGCAACACGUACUUUGAAGUAGCAAUAAUUGAAGUAAUACCUGAAUCAAAUCCUUCAUGUGAAGAAAUUUGGAGUGGCAAUGUCAUCAACUUUGUUCUCGUGAUUUGGCGUGACAUCGCAAAAGUAAGUUAUCCAGGUGAAAUGAUAUCCAGCAAAUAGAUUUCUUACCCCAGGUACUUCCGCAUCUCUU